AUGGCCGCAAUGGCACAUAUGAAGAAGUCGAUCGCCACCAUCAAGCACGCUGGACUGCUUGUAGCACUGUCAUUACUUGUGGGGGUAAUCAGCUUCGCUGUGUUCAAGAAUGCCUUGCAGGGAGAAUUUGUAUAUGACGACACUUACGCAAUUGUUCACAAUCCCGACCUUUAUUCAUCGCAGCCGUGGAUUGACAUCUUCAGACACGAUUUUUGGGGAUUUCCCCUUGAAUCGGAGAAGAGCCACAAAAGCUAUCGGCCUUUGACCACACUGACUUUUCGCUUCCAAAUGAGAUAUGCAGGCGACCAAGCUGACUCGCAAGCAGCCAAUAUGAUGCACAUGUUCAAUGUUCUAAUACAUGCGUUGAACUGCGGGCUGUUGCCGGCUCUCUUUUGCGCUUUUGGUUUUCGCUUGACUGAAUCAGUUCUGGCAGCCCUACUAUUUGCCUGUCAUCCUGUACACGUGGAAGCUGUGGCGAGUCUUGUGGGCCGGGCAGAACUACUUGCUGCGCUGACCACAAUCCUGAGCCUGAUUCUGUGGCAACUUCAUUGGCCCUCCUCUUUGCUCUUUGCUUCUUCAGCUUUGCUUUGCAAAGAGACUGCUACUGCGGUGGCACUACCACUCUGCUCAUGCCUGGAGCUGUUCCAGUGGAUGUCCGGAAAGGCAUCAAGGCCGGUCUUGAAAAUCUUGCUGCCCCUGGUCUUGAUGGCUGCUUUGCUCGCAGCUCGUUUGGCUUUGCAUGGUGGGCUGCAGGCUCGUCCGUUUAUUCACCCAGAGGCAAACCCUGGUGCCUUCGCAGCAGACCCCAUCACCAGAGUCUUGACUCUUCACUACUACUUGUUCAGGCAUUUGCGCUUGUUGAUUUGGCCAUGGCCGUUAUGCUGCGAUUGGAGCUACAUGUCUAUAGCCUCACUGGCAAGUGCAAGGGACUUGCGUGCAAUGAUACCUUUGUGGGUGAUCUAUGGACUCCCGUGGUGUCUCUUCAAACUUAGCAGAGAACAUGGUGCAGCAAAAGGAGUCCACCGUGGCAUAUUGAUUUCCAGUCUUUGGCUUUUAAUGUCACUUUUGCCGGUCUCAAACCUGCUUUUCACGGUGGGGUUCACGGUCGCCGAGCGUGUGCUCUACAUUCCGUCGAUUGGUUCCUCGGCAAUUCUGGCGCGGUUCCUCCUUCAACUAGGCCGCCAAGGCCAUUCGCAAGGCCAUUGGCAAGGCCAUCGGCAAGGCGUGGUUGGCGUGGCUUUGCUGUUGGUGCUUUUUGUUUGGUCGAGGACAUGCCUUGAACACAGCAAAGUUUGGUGGACAGGAGAGAGUCUCUACCGUUCCGCUCUCACAGCUAACCCGCGCAACGAAAAACUACAUGAUCUUUUAGCUACAAGGCUGCAGAAUAGUGGUGGAAACUUGGAGGAGGCAAUCUGGCACGCUGAAGCGGCAAUCAAAUUGAAUGCAGGAUACUGGCAUGCCCACGCCACGCUUGGGCAACUAAAAUUGGCCACUGGAUCAAAAUCACUUGCAAUUGAGCACUACAAGAAGGCAUUGCUCUUGGCGGAGAGGCAGCAAUUAGAUGAUGUUGCCGAUGCGCCCAAGGUCCGAUUGAACCUUGCUGUGAUGCUGCAAGAUGUGGAUGUUCAGAGUGCAGAGGAACAUUUUCGGCGACUCUGCACCCUGCCAUCGAGUACCCAAGGCAUGGCCAUGGUGAUUUUUGGGGCAUUCCUGGAGUCACAAGCUAGGGGGAACAGCAGCAGACUGGCAGAAGCAGCGACGAUGUAUGAGAGUGCGCUGCGUGCACCCACCGGCGCACCGGAGAGUGUGGCACAUUUGCGUUUGGGAUCCGUGCUCCGAAAGCUGGCAAAGCUGGUCGGAAAGGAGCCGACGAACCCACCACUCGAGGCCACGGGAGCAAAGCCCACAAAGCUCCAGCGUGCCAAGCUGCCUGAAAGAAUUGUAUCCUCCUGCUCAAAGGACUCGUUGCCCCUUCCUAGCCUUCGUGGAUCUUUGUACCAAGCAUCUCGCUGUUGGAGCAAGCUUUUCCGGCAGAGAUCUUGCAAUCUCGACCUGGAUUUAGUCCGGAUUCCGGGCUUAGCUCCUUGCCGGGAAGCUCCAGAAACUUUUGGAGCUGGGAGAGAGCUUCUGAGCUGUUUGUGGGUGGCGUACACAGAAGGCCCGAGCAACAGUGAAGAGGAAUUUUUGCUGAGCACUUGGCAGCUACCGGCCACAGAUGAGAGGUCAAUGCAUCACUUCCAGCAAGGUUUGAAAACCGCCCUGGCUCCGAAUUCUGAGCCCUUGGAUCCUGGUGCACGAAAGUGGCGAGAAGCUUUGGCUGUGGUAGGUGCUCGGCUCACUCUCCAAGGGCGAAUGGAAGAGGCCAAAGCGUUGCUCCAAGAUCCACGCGCCUUGCUACCAAAGCUAGCAACAGAACAACUGAAGGCAAGAGAGUGCGCAAACACAUCGAGGCUUGGCUGA